GUGGCAACCGCCCGGCUUCACCACUUCAACACUUUUCGGCUCAGGGAAAACAACCCCCGUCAAAAUCACUCGGGUAAAGCAGACCCCAACCCCGGUUCCGGCCGCCUAGAACCCCUCCAAAUUCCCCGAGUGUGCAAACGCAGCCGUCCGCCAUGAACGCGACGCUGGGCGACGCGCUGGACACGCUGGGCGAGUUCUCCUGGGUGCUGCUGGGACUCGUGGCCACGCACGCCGCCGUGCAGGUCCGCAAGUACCAGGACACGUACCCGACGGGCGGCGUGCAGCACGUGCUCCGCGGCGUGCUGGCCACGGUGUGGUUCGGCGUGGGCUCGGCGCUGGCGCAGGCCCUCAUCCUGGGCGAGCCCCCCGAGAGCGUCAUCGUGCCCGUGGCGGCGUGCGUGGCGGCCUACGCCUGCGUCACCUACUGCCCCCGGGACAUCCCCUACACGCUGUCGCAGACCCCCGCCGUCAACGCCCUGCUCAUCGUGGGGCUGGAGGUGUGCCGGGCGCUGUGCGUCGGCGUGGGCGUCAACAGCGCGCUCAAGGUGUACUCCGGCAACGCCGUGAUGGCCGCCGCCAUCGGCAUCCUGCGCGGCUCCUGGGGCUGGGCCCUGGGGCGCCCCGGCGCCAAGGUCAUCCUGGGCCGCUCCAUCGCCGACGUGUCCUGGCCCGCGCCGCCCGUGUCCACGCCCGCCGCCUCCGUGGCCGCCGUGCUGCUCACCAUGGCCACCAGCCAGACGGACGCGCAGAGGAUCAUCGCCGGCCUCAUCGCCGUGCUCGUGGCGUGGCGCAGCUACGAGCUGUUCAACGCCAACUAGGCCCCGCCCGAGUCCACGCCCAAUA